AUGGCUGUCCCUUCUGUUUUGUGUCUCGCUCAAUAGGUGCUUUCGGGGGCUAAUCCUGGCCGAUACGGCUUCCUCUGGCACUGGUUUGAUGAGCUCUUUGUCCUUCUGGAUUUGCUGCUCCAGCAGCACUAUCUGGCCAGGUGCAGCGCUUCCUUUUCUGAAAACUUCUAUAGCUUAAAGAGGAUACCGAUAGGAGAUUGCAGGCAGCAACCUCUGGCCACUGCUGGCCUGCCAAAGAGGCAGCACUGGAAGUCUCUCCUCUUGUUGGUUCUUGUUCCUUACCUAAAAGGAAAGCUGGAGAAACUGGUGUCCAGCUUGAGGGAAGAGGAUGAGUACUCCAUCCACCCUCCAUCAUCAUCCUGGAAGCGCUUUUACAGAGCCUUUCUAGCUGCCUACCCCUUUGUGAACAUGACCUGGGAGGGCUGGUUUCUUAUCCAGCAACUGUGCUACAUCCUUGGGAAAGCUCAGCAUCAUUCACCUAUGCUGUGGCUGGCUGGCGUUCGCCUGGUCAGACUGACGGCAGAGGACAUCCAGGCCCUGGAGCAGAAAUCGGCUGGAGACACCUUGAGUCAAACAUGCAGCAUUAAAACACAAGUGCAGUCAGCAGCAAGGAAAGCGUUGGGCGGCAUUGCCUUCUCCCUGUCCACUGGGCUGUCCGUCGGUGUGUUCUUCCUCCAGUUCCUGGACUGGUGGUACUCCUCAGAAAACCAAGAGACAAUCAAAUCUCUGACAGCGCUCCCAACUCCUCCACCCCCCGUGCACCUCGACCACGGGGCCAGCUCCGCUCUCUUACCCAAACUGAAGACUGUGUGCCCUCUGUGCCGCAAAAUUCGUGUCAAUGCCACAGCCCUGUCCACAUCUGGCUUUGUUUUUUGCUACCGCUGUGUGUACAGUUACGUGAAGGCUCACCAGCGCUGCCCCAUCACAGGCUAUGCCACAGAGCUGCAGCACCUUGUUAAACUGUACUCGCCUGAGAGCUGAAAGGCCUGCCCUGUGCUUUCGGAGAGAUGCAUUUCUGAGGCUAGCAGCUGGGUAGCAGUCAGCCUAAAUUCAUCCCUUCUUAUGUCCCAGUGAAGACUUUCAACCUCCACGGCUCAUCAGCGAGCUCUAACGCUCCUUUGAAAUUGGUGGUACAUCAGAGCUUUGCUGCCUUUGUGAAUUUCUGGUGUGCUCUCCCCUUUAUUAGCUGUUCAAACACCCUGUGGCUGUUUCAGAGGGAUGGGACAGCCACAAUCUGUCAGCUGGCACAGAAAUGCCUUCAAAGACCAACCAAAAGGGAAGAAACAUUGAUUUGGAUAAGAAUGCAGAUGUGAGGAUCAAAGAGCAUCCCUGGCAAAAGUCCUGCUCAAGGGCGUGAGCCAGCAAAUUAAAGAGGUAGGGGAAAUUCUCUAGGCGAGUUAUUCCUCCCAUAGCAGCUUCCCAGGCGCUUGUGCUGCCCGGGGCGAGCUCUGGCACUGGUGCUUCUCAAAGAGGUAGAGACAGGCUUAAACCUCUGCUCUGAUCACACUGUUCUUAAAAUCUCUCAGCAUUUUCAGGCUACUCACCUUUGAAUUGAGAACAUCACACCCUUAAUUCCCAUCAGCAGCUCUAAAUUAAGACUUUUGACUCUUUAAAGGAAGAAGGGGUGAUGUGUACAAACAAGGGUACAAGAGGGAAAUGACAUUUUCUGCACAAGGGAGAAAAAUGACAAACCAGAUCACAGCAGCAACUGUGCCAAUUGAUAGGAGGGGUUUUUGUUAAAUAAGUCUUUGACUCUGUAGUUAGCUGCUUUUAUAAAGCAAAAUUCUUUCUUGAUUGAGAACCCAACACUGUUCUGAGGAUUGGAAAAAACAGUUUGCUUCUCUAGGGGCUCUAUGUACAUAAGGCAGACUAGACUGAAGCUGCUUUCAUCGUUGCAGAUGAUGAUAAUGGAUAUAAGAUUAGUAUUUUGUAGGCUGGGAUUCUUAUGUUUGAUUGAAGUAUUACAUUGCAAUUACUCCAGUCCCAAACAUGUAACGCACUCAUAAGCAAGCAUCCUCUCAUUGAACAGUGGAGAAAAAAUGUGUGACAUUACAGCUGGUUCUUGCUUGACACCUGUUUUUUCAUGAUGGGCUUUUUCCCCAACUUGGCUCUAGGGAGCAGCAGUUAGCUACUCGGCAACGUCACUUAUAGAAUAUGAGCAAAGUUUGCUGCACAAAGUACAAGGUCUUUCCAGAUUAAGAGAUAUGUUCUAACAUUUAAUCCACUGAACCAGUCAUCUCAUUUUGUCCCCACUUUACCUCUGCUUCAGAAGAUAAAAAUCUCUAAUAUCCUCACUCACCUGUAAGCAAGAUAGCAAGGUAAUUGAAUAACAUAACAAAUACAGUAAUGUGCAUCCUCCCGAAGAUGGUCUGCAAAACACCUGUUGUAACAAGUGAGAUUUGUCCCCAACAUCUGUCUUAUUAUCUCUAUACAACUUCCAGACACAUCUACCUGUGCCACAAUGGAAUAGUAAUAAAAACUGUCUCAUUUCUCCAGUAGUCAUGGGAUCCAUAAAGACAUCUCUCUUCCUCUAUAAAGUCAGUAAGAGCACACACAUCUUACUGGAAAAGAAAUUGAGGUGCGAGAUUUUGAGAUUCCACAUCACUUUUAACCUAGCUGGCUUUGGGCUGGAUAUUAAUUCACAUUACUUUUACAUCAGUUUUGCUUCAGAGAGGAUAUCUCUCUGAAAAAACAGCAUCUGAGACAUUCCACUGCUGCUGCACCAUCUUACAAUAACCCCUCUGAUUGGACAGACAGGGGCCCAAUUGUCCUGUUGACUAGUGCAACUGCUCAUUUAAAUAAGGGCUGAAGGAUUUGACUGACUAUGCCAUUUCAGGAUAGGUUUAUUUUCCUUGUAUCCUGCCUACACUUUCCAAAUUAUCCAUCUGCUGCUCAGUGAGAAGCUGGGCAGCCCUGGGACAGAAGAUGGAUCAAUGCCGACUCACCCGCCUGCACUGCAGAGCUCUUGGGCAAGUUCCGCACCAUCCUCCCCUCUGAUCCCGAGGGAUUCACCGACCGCUGAACAGCACAACCACACUGCCUGCACACACACAGCUCCAAGGGCCUCUCCCCUCCUCCUAGGGUCAACCUCUCUUCCUCUCCUCAGAACGGCCACCUCCAGGGAAACCUGCACAGAACCACCCACAUCUGAGCCUCACAGCUCCAAACAGCUGUAAUUACUCUUGUGAAUGUUAAACUGCUCUUUAAUGCCUGGCUAACUAACAGGCAUUAAGCCCAUAAUGGUGACAGGCUCAGCUCCCUGGCAGAUUUUGUGUUCCUGGAGAUGGCUGCAGAAUACCAACUUGGAUUUGACUGCUUCUUCUUGCACUCCUGUCCUUAGU